AAAAGAAGAGACCUCGAAGACAACAGUUGACAUUAUUCGCCGAGUUAACGUGAACCGACGUGUGAUUCUAACGAAAAAUAUGCUUGCCUACACAAAAUUUUUGUUGUGCGUUCUAUUGGCUGGUGUGGCCACCGCUACGGAUACCUCAAAGCCAACAACCACCAAACCCAUUUCGAUAACAACGGAAGUCAUUGAAUCAUCAAAGGAUCCUCAAGCCAACAUAGCGACGACAACGCCUCAGGCCGAUGGCACCACCGAGCAACGCGAAGCGCAAUUCGAGAUGAUCGCACAACGUAUGGACAUCACCAGCACUUUGGACGAUAACAACGAGUAUCAUUACCUCUGCACGGUGGGCAAAAAGCGCACCCAGAACGUCAUGUGCUUCGCCGAGGAUAACACACGCUGGGAGACACCGCACGAUGUUAACUUGAAACUGCGUUGCCCCAAAUCGGGCACCGGUUAUGAGAUCGCGUUCGCGCAAGUGGACGUUUGGAUGACCUCUAAUGAUUUGGAUUGUCGUGUAAUAGAGGGCGGUGUGGGUUAUGGAUCUAUUGGUCUGCAGCUGACCGCCUAUAAAACAAAUACGUUCCGAUAUAUUGCUGAUGUCUUCUCAGUUUGACAACAAGAAUCGUUGUUUAUGUGAAUUGAUAUGAUGAGGUAUAAAAUAAAUUGUUUGAAAUAAGCCA